UCGGUGUGCCCAAACACCAUUCUAUCGCCAAAAUCGUUGAAACUCGAAAGAAGAAGAAGAAACAGACUUUGUCAGUGCUCAGGCCGCCGGAACCAUAAGGAUGGUGGAUUGGAUGUGGUUAAUGAGUGUUUUACUUCUUGGAGCUGCACUUGGAUUUUACAUCAGCACUUUACCACAAACCCGCAGAAUCUUUGUCUCCUCCAAAUCUGUCUCCACAAAUGCAGGUUCCAGCGGAAAUAAGAAGACUAAAUCCAAGGAACCUCUCGAGAUUGAGAAACUCGCUGAUUUUCGCAAAAAUUUCAAAAUGGUUUUGGUUGUGAGGAAUGAUCUUAGAAUGGGUAAAGGGAAGAUUGCAGCUCAAUGCAGUCAUGCAACUUUAGGUUUAUACAAAAAACUCCUUCAACGGGCGCCAAGAGCCUUGAAUAGAUGGGAAUAUUGUGCUCAGCCAAAAGUUGUUGUCAAAAUCGAGAGUGAGGGAGAGAUGCUAGUUCUGCAAGAAAGAGCAAAGUCCCUUAAAUUACCAACCCAUAUCACCGUUGAUGCCGGAAAAACACAGAUCGCUCCAAAUUCAAGAACAGUAAUGGCUAUUCUUGGACCGGUUGAUAGUGUUGAUGAAGUAACAGGUGGACUAAAGCUUAUGUAAUAACUCUGGGAUUCGACAUUACCAGAAUUCUCCGAAUUUUUGCUGGUGACAAAUCUGUUUUCCCUUCUUCCUAACCAUUAUUUGGAACCGUUUUCGAGUAGAUAACUCAACUUCUUACAUGGAACUGUACAAUUGUCUUAAUAGAAGAUAAUCAUAUGCCAAUGCUUGCUGAUUAUCUAAUACAUUUAAAGAUAGAGAGUCAGUUUUGAUGUCUCCUUUUGUUUUGUCUAUUGAGAUACCUUUAUCUGUAAACUAAAGCGGUUAAAGCGACGGACUGAUUCUGACU